AUGAGAUUCUUUGCAGCGAUACUCUCAUUCUUGUUUGCAUUUUUUAUGAAUGUUCGAUCCCAUCGAAUUUCACAAAUUCCACGAUAUUAUGAAAAUGAUGGAUGUGCAAGAAUUCACAAAGAAUAUGUCACGAAAAAUACAAAUAUUUUCAGUUAUAUAGAUGUAAAAGAUUGUUAUGAGAGUUUUCCAUUCGAUAAAGAAAUUGCUUUUCAGACAAUAGAUACGUUGAACGUAUUAUUUCAUGGAUUCUAUUCAUUUUUGUAUAAAGCAAGAGAACCUCCACAAAAGGGAUUCGAUUAUAGGCCGAUGGAUUUACUGGUUCAGUUGGAGAUUUUAAAAAGAAAGCAAUAUGAUAAUUUAUUCCAAUUUAUGGAUGGUGUUAGAAAACUUAUUUUUGAAUUGAGAGAUGCACACACAAGUUAUACAACUAAUUGUUUUUCUUCAUUCGUUUUUUAUACGAAUUUAACAUUAUAUUCCGUGGUUACUGAUGAAGGAGUACAGAAAAUCAAAGUCUUUAAAGAUACCAUUGAUCCAACUAAUAAUAAUUGUGAAGUAACUCAUAUUGAUGGUCGCCGGGCGAUCCAAGUUAUUUCCGAAUUUCCUACUUUCAUAUCAAGAGAUCUUGGAGUACGAUUUAAUGCAGCUAUUGAUGUUAAUUAUUCAGGAAUUACAUUCUCUACUCGUAUUGAUUUACCAGGGUCACCAAUAAUGAUUUAUACUUUAAAAUGUGAUAAUUAUAUUAAAGUUGUUAAAAGAAGUUGGAAUGCAAUUGGUAUUCAAUCAAUUUUAGAAAAUUUCAAUAAUUCGAAUACUUAUUUUGCCAACAUUUGUAAAAAUACUACAACAGAUUAUAAACCACUUUUUGAUAAGCUUGAUGAGAUUACAAAGUCACACAAGAACACUUAUGACGUAAAGUCUAAUGAAGAUGUUAAAUUAAUUUAUGAAAUUACAGAGUUUAUUAGCUUUUUCAAAAAACAAAAUUUCGGUGUUGUUAAAAUUAAAACUGAAGAUGUUCAUCUAAAUCAUACUUUAGCCUUAAAAAUUAUUAAAGGAUUUAAAGCAUUGGCAAAUACAGGUGUUAAAAAGGUCGUUCUUGAUUUAUUCGACAAUUUUGGUGGCUUUGUUCUGAUCAGCAAUUUUAUCAAUCAACUACUAUUUCCUAAUAAUAAGAAAUCUUCUUUUGAUAUGGAUGUCAGAAUCACUGAACAAUUAAAACCUAUAUUACAAGAUCUAUUAAAUAUGACCGAAAUUAUUUCAUCAAAAACUCUAAAACAUUUUCACUCUGCAAAUGAACUUAUUGGUAAUAAUAUUAUUACACGUGGUGGUGUUAAAGAACAUUAUUCAAACAGAUUUUUUUUAAAUGAUCCAAAUAAUUAUAAAAGACUUAUAUCUCGACACUUAAUAACUCCUCUUCCUUGGAAAUCUGAAGAUUUAAUUAUUUUAACGAAUAGUUUAUGUGGAUCUUCUUGCGCUCUUAUCGCGGAAGGUGCUGCUGAAGUUAAUAAAGUGAAUACUGUAGCGGUUGGUGGAUUUGUUGGAGAACCCUUAUCAUAUGCUUCUUGUCAAGGCGGAAUUGCUAUUGAUUCUACUCACAUAUUUAAUAUUAUAUGUAAAUUAAAUUUACAAAAUAAUACUUUAUUGCCUAAACCUUUUAAUUUUGGUGGAAAACUUAAUAUUCCUUCUUCUGAAUUUUAUAGUAUAAAAAAUCAUAAUAGUUUAAUGGAAUUUACGUAUAAAGCUGCUGAUUUUAGACUAUUUUAUACUGAACAAAGUAUUAGAGAUCAAUCUAUUUUGUGGUCACAAGCUGUUGCUUUUAUUGGAAACAAAUCUAAAACUUUUCCCAAAUAA